AUGGUCUCGCUCCCACCGACGCCGUUAACAGUAGACUCGGCGCUCGCACUUGUGCGGGAAUGCAGACCCCAAGUGGAACCCAAUUCGGGCUUCAUCAAGCAAUUACGCAUGUAUGAAGCCAUGGGGUGCCCAACCACUCAAGAACAGCUGGAGUCGCACAAAAUCUACCGCCGUUGGAUGAAUUCACGCAAUGUAAUGGACGCCCUGAGCGUGAACCGUGCCCCUGAAGUAGAAAACAUCACUUUUAGGGAUGAGGAAGAUGAGGACGACCAGCUGGAGCAGAGCCAGACUCAAUCCAUAAGACACGCGCUGGACGAUCUGAAUAUCAACACUACUGACUCCGAGAUCACGAAUCCGGACAUUGCCGUCUCUUUGUCUUCUCGACCCCCAGCUGGCCCAUCUCUAGACAUUGAGUUGAAAUGCCGCAAAUGCCGCCGACUGCUCGCAAAAUCGAAUUUCAUCAUUCCUCACAAGCCACCUGCGCACCGGGACCCGUCAUCGGGUUCAUCAGCAGAACCAUGCGCUCAUAUCUUCCUACAUCCACUGUCGUGGAUGAAGGAUGUCCUCGCGCAAGGCGAGCUUGAUGGCCGCCUAGCCUGCCCAAACCCGAAGUGUGGUGCGAACAUUGGCAAGUUUGCCUGGCAGGGCUUGCGCUGCAGCUGUGGCGGUUGGGUGACGCCUGGGUUCGGAGUUGCUCGAAGCAAGGUGGACGAGGUGCAGGCUACGCGGAGCAAAGGCGCCUCUAGAGAGAACGGUGGCGGAAGAGGCCCAGUUUCUACAGCCCUAGCAGAUGCUGGGGUGAGAUUACCACCGGGAAUGAAGAGGAAUGGACAUGGUAGUUUGUAG